AUGGUCGUGCUCUCACUGUCCGAGCUCAGUGGCAAGGAGAUCGUCUACCGCCACUUCGGCUCCCUCGAAGAAUGCCCGGUCCAAAUCGCCAUCCCGAAGAUGCUGCGCCUCCACGCGGAUUCCGACUUUUCGGAGAGUUUGGCGCUCUACGAGAAGCUCGGCCGCUUUGACCCGAUCGAGGCGUACAUGGGCAUCUCCAUCAAAGUGGACCAGCUCAUUCCGACCACCGACAACGACGCCCUCCGCUUUCGAGGAUCGAUUGCUGAGGCCAUCGAGUGGUUCGAAGACAAAAAGAAGGGUGGGACUGUGGCUAUCAACGGUUGCACGGGCACACUGGAUACCUUCCUGGUCGAGCCGGCGUUUGAUGAGAAGGGCUCCAAGAAGCAUUUUAUCGAGAUCAGCAGCCAUGCGACCUACGAGAAAAUUUCCUACCGAUGCGACGGGCACCAGGCUUCGAUGAAGGUAGACUUCCACGAAACGUCACCGACAACGCUCUCGAUGGCCCGGCUCGCGCAAUUGAUCGGUCGUGAGCCAGACGCCUUGCUCGAAAAGGAAAGCACGGAUGCGGAUCUGCUAUGGCUGAUCGAUCAAUUGUAUAACGCCUACAAGCAGACGCAUAUGGUCCACCUUCGAAUCGAUCCGCUCGUGGUUUCAUCCGACUUUCUCUUUAUCGACGAGUUGCGGAUGAAGGUGGAUGGUAAUGCGGAGCCCGGGAUUGGGAAAUUAUGGUCGUCUCGUUUCGGCGACCCUGCGGACAUUGCGACACCAUUUGGGCGUGAUCUGACGUACGAAGAAGCACAGAUCCGGGCGCUGAAAUCUCCCUUCCUCAAGUUCUACAACCUCAGCCCGGAAGGCGAUAUCUGGACGUUCUUCUGCGGUGGCACUGGGCACGCUUACAUGGACCUACUUGCCUCUGAGAGAACUCGCGACCGCAUCGCCAACUUCGGCGAACACUCGAUUGGUGCCUCUGAAGAAGAUAUCUGGGCCUACACGACUUUUCUGCUGAACGCUGUGCUCGAAAGUGAUCGCGUGGACUGCAAGCAUUCCCUCGUCCUCACCACUUCGGCAGCCGACUCUUCUUCGGCCGCACCUUUCUUUACGGGACUUGUGCGUGCUCUCAAAUUGUACGGCGACAAGCUGAAAAUCACGACCCUUCGGAUUUUCCUUCGUCAUGGCGGCUCGGCCAGCGGGGAAGGAGUUCGAAAUCUGCGCACCGCCUGCGAACAAAUUGGGAUCAAGCUUACGACCCGCGGACACGCCGAGCCUAUGGCCUCAUUUGUCGAUGAGAUCCUGCAGAGGAACACGAGCCAACCAUCGAAAGGGGAACGCGCUCAUUGCCAACCUGUCGCCGUGUCCUUCCUCAAGAAUAGCUCCACCGCUUCAGUUUCAACGAACAAAGAGAAUCCCGGUGCCGCCGAUAUGGUAGACACGGUCAUUAGCUCCAGCGAGCCGUUCACAGUUGCCGUAUUGCCGGAGCAGACGAUGAAGGCCAUCGUGAUCGGGAACCGACCGAAAUUCAUCCAGGACAUUCUCGACUUCGAUCACGUAUGCCAGCGUGAUACUCCAUCGAUUGUCGGUGUCUACGGCAAGUCCGAUGGCUCGCUGCUUCAUUAUAUCGGGCACAAGCAAGUCGCCAUCCCCAUGUACAGCACCCUCGACGCUGUCUUCGCCAGCCACAAAGACGUCAAUACGAUUAUCAAUGUUGCCGAUGCUGGCUGGGCGUAUGAGACAACAAAUGCCGUCCUGUCAUACCGUUUCCUGCUCGAAAAACUGAAGACCGUGUUUAUCAUCUCCGGACCGGUGUCUGACUACGAGGCCCGUCGGAUUGGAAAACUUUCGAAGCGACAACAGGUCACGAUUGUUGGCCCCGGAUCCGUUGGCACGGUCUUGCCCGGUCGCAUGAAGGCGGGGCUGGCUGGCGGGACGCUGGAGGACAUUCUGAUGACAAAGCUGUAUAACCGUGGGCAAGUCGCCUACGUCACACGUUCGGCCGAGCUGGCAGUCGAGCUGAACAGGAUGAUCAGUGAAAACUCUAGCGGGGUCUAUGCAGGAAUCGUCAUUGGUGGUUCGCGUUUCGCAGCUUCCAGCUUUCUGCAAUGGACCCUCUUGUUCUCCAAUGAUCCGAAUGUGAAAGCUAUCGUACUGCUUGGUGAAGCCGGCGGAGAUGACGAAUACGAAGUGAUCGAGGCGAUGAAUUUCCUGAAGAAGAAGGCGGAAGAUAAGAAGAAUGUUCCGAUGAUUGCGUACUGCAUCAACUUCUGCGGUGAUUCUGGGCUGGUGCUCUCCGAGGAACAGACUGCUAGCAAGAAAACCCAGGCCUUCCGUGAUACCGGUGCCAUUGUCCCGUCCUCUCUUGCAGGGAUUGGUGCCAAAAUUCGCCAAUUGGUUGAACAACACGUUCUGGCGCCCAGGAACGAGCAAGCCCCACCACCCGUUGCUCUCCACUACGACUGGGCCGUUGAGCUGGGCUUUCUUCGGCAGCGCUCACUGAAUACUUCCCAUUUCGAGACGAUUCGCGGCCAACUGUGCACGAGCGGAGUUCCGAUAAACCGAAUGGCUCUGAAGGAUGGCGGCGUCUGUGGCAUGUUGUCGAACCUCUGGAUGGGUCGUGAGAUGCCCGAGUGGUUCACGCGGAAUCUCAGCUUGUUCCUGGUUCUCUUCACAGAUGUCUCCUCGGGUGAAUGCAGCGCUUACAAUGCCACCAAGGCUUACCAACAGGACGUGACCAUCACGCAGGCUGUAGCCUCGGGACUCGUGGCCCAGCCGACUGAAUUUACCCAAGACAUCACUCGAACUACCCUGCGCUAUCUGGAGGCCACUGAAUGCGGUGUUUCCGCCGAGGACUUUGCCAACGAGAUGCUCGAAGAACCGCACCCUCAGCGCCACACUGCGCUCAUCCCGGAUCCGCGCCUCGACUUCUUGAUGAGCCUGCUCCGCAAAGAAGACUUCUGGAACAAGACUCCCCUGCUGAAGUAUGCGCAUGAUGUGGGGACCGCCGUUACCGCCAAGGAUCCGCAUCGUGUCCUCUCGCUGGAGGUCUACAUCGGGAUUCUUUUCGUCGACAUGCUGCGCCAUACGAAGCUCUUCUCUGAAAACGAAGUAAAGGCGAUCGUCAGGAAGCGCUGCAUUGAUGGCUUAUUUCUGAUUGGCCGGUCCAUUGGUUUGAUCGCGUGCUGCCAUGAUGCCAAGACCGUGGUCGACGACUCGGACCAUCUCAUCCCCGACCUGUGCGAUGAGGAUGAAGAUGAAGAGGAAACGUGCCGCAAGUCUGGGAAGGCAGAGGAAGUGACCACGAAGAUCUCGAAGGAACAAAUGGAGAACGACUUCCAGAAGGCGCUGUUG